CUGAUGCUCGGCUGUGCAAACAAGUCCUUUCUUCUCCGGGCUCGGAUUACCGCUCUGAAAACUCUCUUCGUGGUCUCAGCUGAUAAAAUGGGGAACGGCUCAAUGAAGUCUAAGCGAUACAAACAAGCUGACAGCACCGGUGCAGCAUCCAACGGGCGAGCCCACAAGGAACAGGGUGGUGGAUUCAAAAACUCGUCCUCGGACAGCCUGAGGGCCAGGGUGGAGGAGCUGGAGAGGGAGGGCAAGAGGAAGGAUGAGGAGCUUUGCGCCAAGGAGCACCAGAUCAAGGCCCUUCAGGAGCAGCUGGCCAAACAGACGCGAGCGCUGGCCGAGCUCAGCGAGGAGCUGCAGAGCAAGUGCAUCCAGCUGAACAAGCUGCAGGAUGUGAUGAAGAACCAGACCGGGGGCACAGCGGGUCUUGGCCUGGGCCAGACACCCCGGCCCCCCUCGAUCAAACUGAGUGGCAAGAACAGCCCGAACUUCAGUGGUCGCAUCAGAGAAACCCUCAACAGGAGGAAAGGGGCCAAGGCGGGGGUGUCCGCUGAGCCCACCUCCAGUAGUCUGCAGAAGUUCUCUUUCGAGAAGGCCAGAGUACCGAAAGACGCAAGCGUCAAGAAGCUCCUCACAGACGCCCUGAACAAGAACCAGUACCUGAAGCGGCUGGAGCUGCAGCAGAUCAAAGACAUGGUGGAGUGCAUGUACGAGCGCACCUACCAGCAGGGAGAGUACGUCACCAAGCAGGGGGAGCCUGGGAACCAUCUGUUUGUCCUGGCAGAUGGCAAGCUGGAUGUGUUUCAGCACAACAAACUGCUGACAUCAAUAGCGGUCUGGACCACGUUUGGAGAGUUAGCCAUCCUGUACAACUGCACGAGAACCGCAUCGGUGCGAGCCGUGAACAAGGUGAGGACGUGGGCCCUGGACCGCGAGGUGUUUCAGAACAUCAUGAGGAGGACUGCGGAGGCGCGCCACGAGCAGUACCGCAACUUCCUGCGAAGCGUUUCACUCCUGGCAAACCUACCUGAGGACAAGCUCAGCAAAAUCGUGGACUGUCUCGAGGUGGAAUACUAUGACAAGGGAGAGUAUAUCAUCCGGGAGGGAGAGGAGGGCAGCACCUUCUACAUCAUCGCCCAGGGAAAGGUGAAGGUGACACAGAGCACCGAGGCCCACAAGCUGCCGCAGCUCAUCAACUCGCUGCACAGAGGAGAAUACUUUGGAGAGAAGGCGCUCAUCAGCGAUGACGUCAGAUCGGCCAACAUCAUUGCGGAGGAGAACGGGGUGGAGUGUCUCGUAAUCGACAGAGAGACGUUUGAUCAGACGGUGGGAACCUUCAACGAGCUGCAGAAAUACCUUCAAGGCUACGUGGCGACGCUUGAUCGUGACGACAGGAAGCGACAUGCCAAGAGGUCAGUGUCCCGGCACCAGAGUCAACCCCUGUCGCCAGACGUCAUCCAGCUGAAGGAGAUGGUGUCUGCGUUCCCUCCCUCCAAGCCCUUUGACAGCCUGGAGGUCAUCACGACUCUCGGAGUGGGUGGCUUUGGAAGAGUAGAACUGGUCAAGGUGAAGGGUGAAGACAUAACCUUUGCCUUAAAGGUCAUCAAGAAGAAGCACAUCGUGGACAACAGGCAGGAGGAGCACAUCCACUCGGAGAGAAAGAUCCUCGCCGAGGCUCGCUCGCCUUUCAUCGUCAAACUGUACCGCACAUUUAAGGACAACAAGUAUGUGUACAUGCUGCUGGAGGCCUGUCUGGGUGGGGAGAUCUGGAGUCUACUGAGAGACAGGGGAAGUUUUGAUGAGCCCACUGCCAAAUUCUGUGUCGGCUGCGUCACCGAGGCGUUUGACUACCUCCACCGCAAAGGGGUCAUCUACAGAGAUCUGAAGCCUGAGAAUCUCAUGCUGGACACGGAGGGAUACAUCAAACUGGUUGACUUUGGUUUUGCCAAGAAGAUCAGGUGUGGCCAGAGGACGUGGACCUUCUGCGGGACACCGGAGUACGUGGCCCCUGAGAUCAUCCUCAACAAAGGCCACAACUUUAGCGUGGACUUCUGGUCUCUGGGCAUUCUGGUCUUUGAGCUUCUGAUUGGCAGUCCUCCGUUCUCAGGAAGUGACCAGAUGAUGACGUACACUUUCAUCUUGAAAGGCAUUGAGAAGAUGGACUUCCCCAAGAAGAUCACCAAGAGGCCUGAGGAUCUCAUACGCAAGCUAUGCAGACGAAAUCCCUCAGAGCGACUGGGCAACCUCAAAAAUGGAAUAACUGAUAUCAAGAAGCACAGGUGGUUCACAGGCUUCAACUGGGAGGGACUCAAGGCCAGGACCUUAUCGUCUCCACUGAAAAGAGAACUCAAAGGACCCGCAGACCACAGCUACUUUGACAGCUACCCUCUAGAUGAGGAAACUCCUCCUGAUGAGCUGUCGGGCUGGGAUAAGGACUUCUGAGAGCUUCUCCUGUCUUUCUCCUGCUCUCCCUCCACUGCACACGUCCAGCAGCAAACCUCCAGGAUCUCCAGAGGGUCUUCGGGAGGCCGAACGCUCCCUCUGGCAGCCUCGGGGGAACAACAGCCAUGAACAGCUGAUUACAUCUUUCAACACACAGUUUAACCUUCUCAGCACAAAUUAAUGUAUAUGAUUAAAUUCAGAGGUGUUUUGGAUGGGAUUGGGGAGUUUUUAACAUUCUUGUUGUUUAGGUGAUGGAAAUUCAUUAACCCUAAUCCUGGCUGGCCAUAGUAUCCUGUUGCUAGAGCAUCUGAUUUGCUGGCUAGGUCUACUUGAAUCUAGCUCUGACUGAGUCUAGCAGUUGUGUUUUCACGUUCAGUUUGUUCAGGUUCAGUGUGUUCAGGUUCAGUUUGUUCAGGUGUAACGGUGCUGACUCUCCGGCUGCAGUUUUUGGAGCUUCGGAGCAGAGACGAAGGCUAAAGACAAGACAGCAUCCUCAGCAUAGAAACUGACUGGGUAGAGUUGGCGUGGACUCUUUGGAGGCCUUCCUGGUGGUUCACGUUGCCAUGGUAACAGCUGUAGCAUUCACUCGCAGUGACAACAA